AUGUCUAUGUUCCAGUGUAUGACCUGUAUGGAGACCCUGGAUGGUGAUGCCAUGAUAAAGCACCUGUCCUCGACUCGCCAUAAGACUAUCAUAGAUGCAUUUCGUGAGGAAGAGGUAAAAUGUGAAGAGUGCCAGGAUAAGAAUAUACAUCAGUUGCAGAUCAUCAGAAUUGGCGGAGAGGAUAUGUCAUUGCUGUGUAACUCAUGCCUGGGGAAAGAAUACGUUGCUGCAGACAGACCCAGUACUUGUUAUUCCCUAGCGAAUGGGUCCCUGUUGAAAUUCUGGAAUAGUUACCUCAAGAUUAGGGAUUGUAGCUGUGAGAGUUGCGGUAGUGAAGCUCAUCUUAAUGUGAACGAGACAAAAAAGGUUUUGUGUAACAAAUGUUUGAGUGAUCUUCCCGCUCAGAAGGCAAGUUCUUUCAUUUCUGAGGAUAGCGGGAGAUUCUUAUAUCUCUACCUCGGGAUUAAAGAACCGUCGAAUGCCAAGACUUUUAAGAAGAAGGGUGGUAGAAAAGUGGGUAGAGGCAGGGGAGCUAAGAAGCCAGAAAAGGGAGGUAAACCUCGCGAGAAGAAACCAUUGACGGUCCAUGAGCAAAUUGCAAAGAAGGCAUAUGAAAUUAAGAAACAAAACAACGUGAUUGAAAGUGAUAGUAACACUAGUCUGAGAUCUUUCAAGGGUUUAAAGGCAAGUACUACUGAUAGCCCAUCAAAGGGAGAGAAAAGAUUUGGUUCAGCCCAAACUGCUAACAAACCCAGAACCAGAUCCUCCGGGCCACCCAGCGUGCAAAAGACCAAAUCAGGUAUUGCAGAUAAAUCAAGGAAUUCUCCCAGGCCAGCCAACACACAGAAAAGCAAGCCAGGCAUAGCUAGUAAAUCGAGAAUCGAUUCUUCUAAGCCCGCUAACACUCAAAAGACCAAGUCCGGUAUACCAAAAGCUGACUCUCCAGUACCGGCUAACACACAAAAGAGCCAGUUAGGAUCAGGUAAAAGGGUGAGCUCAUCCGAACCUAGGCCAAAAUUUGGGGCAUCAAAACGAGAGGGAAGCCUAGCAGCAAGGAAGGGCGCGAGUGACUCCAAACCUCGGACAACCAGGUUGAAUAUCAAGGAAGAGAAAAGCAACAAGUCACAGACGAAUGGAAAAAAAUCUGGCAGAGCGUCCAAGCUUCAAGAUGAUAGAAAGUCAGUACCAUCAAGCAAAUUACCAGUAGACAAAGUCACUGAAAAGGGUCCUCAAACUGCCGAAAAUGGGACAGAAGAGUUUGAAGAAGGUGAGCCAAUUCAAAGGUUCACCAAGUAUGUACCCAAGAUGCAGUAUCCAGAUUUGGAGACUUAUUUCAAUGAAUACUCAUAUGCAUUGUUUUUGGAACAGAGAUUGGAGAAUGAUUUCCUUCAUGAUUUCCAAAUCGUAUGGCCAAAGAAUCAACAGGAAAUAUCAUUUGUCGUUACGAUGAAAAUGAAGAACAAUCCGGAACUCGACAAACUGUUGCCACCCAAUUUGGCCAAGUUGGGCAGAUUGCCAUUUGUCAAUAAGCAGCCUCUCAUUUUGAGCAAAAGGGACGAAUCGCAAGUGUGGUACGCUUACGUGAAAGAAACUGCCACCAAACGUGACGUUUUAACCGUACUCCUGGAGUUAUAUCCAUGGAAUAGAUCAAAAUUACCCGUUAAAAGUGCAAACGAUGCGUUUAAGAUCUUACCAUGUUCUGCUCAAGUGAGUAGAAUCUUCUUUGCAAUGACUCGGACUAAGAAUCCCAAAUUUAUCGACCUGAUUCUUGGUCAAAAACCAAUCAGACAAAUCAAUUUCCAAAACAGACUUGAAUUCUCAAAAGACACUUUCAAUGAUUCUCAAAAAUCUGCCAUUCAACACGUAUUGAACAACAGUGUAACAAUUUUGCAAGGUCCACCGGGCACAGGUAAAACUUCGACCAUCGAGGAGAUUAUAUUGCAAAUGAUCAAGAACUUCCACUCAUUCCCAAUCCUGUGUGUCGCUGCAUCGAAUAUUGCAAUUGACAAUAUUGCAGAGAAAUUUAUGGUGAACCGGCCAGAUAUCAAGAUCCUGAGAAUUGUUUCUGAGGGCAAAGAGGCCCAAUACAACAAUGAACAUCCAUUGGGGAAGAUCUGUCUGCACAACAUUGUCUAUGACCAAAUGCCCCCAGAUAUGAAGGAAAACAUUGCAAAACUGCGCAGUGGUAGAUCCAAGGACGUUUCAAAGAAUCAAUUCAGUAAAUUGUUGACACAACAAAACAAUAUUUCCGAUAGACAUGUGCUGCAGGCACAAAUCUUAUUUACAACCAACAUUGCCGCUGGUGGUCGUCAAUUGAAAGCAAUUCAAGAGCUACCUGUGGUGAUCAUGGACGAGUCAACACAGUCGUCCGAAGCAUCGACUCUCGUUCCCCUUUCGUUACCAGGUAUCCGUACUUUUGUCUUUGUCGGUGAUGAGAAACAACUGUCAAGUUUCAGCAACAUUCCACAAUUGGAGAUGUCACUUUUCGAGAGGGUUUUGUUAAACGGUUGUUACAAGAAACCGCACAUGCUCGACACGCAGUAUAGAAUGCACCCACAGAUCAGUGAGUUCCCAAUCAAGAAGUUUUACCAAGGCGAAUUAAAGAAUGGUGUCACUGAGGAGCAAAAAAGUUGGGAAUCCAUCAAGUAUCCCCUAUAUUACUACCAUUGUAACGAAGGACCCGAGAGUAAAGUGUUUAAUCGCCAAAGAGGCAUGAGCGGUUUCACCUACAACAAUCGUCACGAAUGUGAUGCCAUCUUGAAAGUCAUCUACAAAUUGAUCAUGGACAAAGGUGUCAAGAACGACCAGAUUGGUGUGAUCACCCCAUACUCCGCCCAGAGAGAUUUGAUCUCUGAGACUCUGGUCAAUGACGAUGUGGUCAACCCCGCGAAGAUAGCUAUGGAACAAGAAUUGGACGAAGCAGAUUUACUCGAUGCAGGAAUAGGUCGUUCCAACGGUAAGAAAAAUACCAUUAACAUCAUCAACGGAGUCUACGUGGCGACGAUCGAUUCUUUCCAGGGUCAUGAAAAAGAGUUUGUCAUCUUUUCGUGCGUUAGAAACAACAAGGAGAACCGUAUUGGGUUCGCAAGCGACAAGAAACGUAUGAACGUCGCAUUGACAAGAGCCAAGAACGGUUUGGUGUUAGUUGGUAACAGUGAAGUGUUCCGCAAGGGAGACUCGCUAUGGAAAGAUUACAUCGAGUAUCUGGAAGAGAAGUCACUCAUCUUCCAAGAUCUUGACACAUACUAA